GCCACUACAAAAAAAAUGCUACAUGUGGAGACAUAGGCAACAAAGAAAUUGAGGCAAAAGAUCAAGAGACGAUAACUACAACAAACAAGAACAACGAAACACAAAACAUGCAAGGAUUGUUUGAUGCGCCUACCUUUCACCUGCUCACACAAGACACCGAAUUAGGUGAUGAUGUCGAUGAUACGCAUGACAAAAAUCAAGAAGGGAAGGGAACGGCUGAAAAGGAUAUCACACGUAAUGCUUGGAUAAAGGAACUCGAAUCAAGACGAAGAAAACCAGUUGGUAGGUUCGCCCGCUCAUGUGAUGACCAUGAAGACGAAAUGGGAAUAGACAUUACAACGGAAGAACAGCGUAUUUGGGAUUUUCUAUUCGAUGUGAAGUACUCAAUGACACAUGGAAUGGUCAUCUCCUUGUCUAGCGGGGUAACAAAAAAAUUUGGUCAAUCUGCUGGAGAUGUUAUCUUCGAGAGUAUAUACGGCUUAGAACUCACAAAAACGCUGAUGCGCACUUUGAGGGAGGAAGUGAAGGUCUGCUCUGAUGUAGUUGAUGCUUGGGUAGAUGUGAUGAAUUAUGAAGAACUUGACAGAACCGACGGCUGCCCAACGCGGGUUUAUUUUAGCACAACUGUGAUAGACAGCUGGCUUUUGACGGAUUCUACUUGUGAUGAUGAUGAACGUAUGCAAACGUUCGGCGAAAGGAUGGUCGUAGGCGGCGCAUAUGAUUUCAUUGGGAUCAAAAUGGGUUUCUUUCCAAUCCUCGAGAAUGAUGAAUAUUACAUGCUUGUUUUCGAUCUGGAAAACGGUGAAAUAACCGUCAUAGACCACAAGCCUGAUCGCACACCCUUAGCUGGCAUUAGGGAUCAUCAAGACUACUACAAAAAAGAUACACCAUACAAAGUGAAGCAUAUGCUGGACAAUUAUUUGGAGCAUUGCAAACAUCCGUUAAAGGAUAAAAUUGCACCAGCCAAGAUUAAGAGGUGUGAUAUCCAUUGGGCAACAAGUGCACAUCCAAUGGAUAGUGCAGUAUUCCUUAUGCACCACAUGCAGAAUUUUAACGGCGUUGGUAAACACAUUGAAUGUGGUUUUAGUAGCAACUGGAAGCAAAAGCAAAAACAGAUUCUUACCCUCCGAAAAAAAUUCGCUACACGCAUACUACUCUGUGAUGUGAAUGUGAUGAAGGGAAAGGUUCGUGAUGCUGCAUUAUCAGUGUAAGUUGCUGCUCCGUAUGGUAAUGUUAUGUUUUUGUGUGGAUGGGACUAUGGUGUACAACUUAAACAAUUUAAACUCGUACUUUGUCAGUUGCCUAUAUGUAUCUAACUAUUAAUGUCUGUCGUUGAUCCGGACAUCUUAAACAUUUUGGUGAAGCAUAAGUAAACUACUGGAAAGUUUGACAAGCGA